AUGGAUGCAUAUGGAAGCAACAAUUCCUCGCUGCCUAGUUUCUCACGAUAUUCAAAUUCGAGUGCACCUGGACAAGAAACCUUGGCAGUGAAAAUCUUUAAAUUCGUGCUGUAUGCUUUGGUGUUCAUCGUCGGCCUUGGGGGAAAUUCUAUCGUCAUUUGGAUAAUGAUUAGUAGGAGGAAAGCUCGAACGUUUCAUAACAUACUGCUUUGUAAUUUAGCUGCCGCUGAUAUUGCCUUGCUAUCUAUAAACCUGCCAUUUCGCUUGGCUUAUCAGGAAAACAAUUACGUCUGGCCAUUUGGACAGUUUCUAUGCAAAGUAAUCCCUAUGUUUACGUAUUUAUUCCUGACAGCAUCUUCGCUGACUUUAGUCGCGAUAUCAUACGAACGAUACAGGACUAUUACCUCCCUGACGGUGGUUAAGGAAACGGUUAGCCUAUUCCGAAAACUACAGAUCGUUUUUCUCUGGGUAAUAUCUUGCCUUAUUACCCUGCCAUUGAACAUAUUUUUAAAUGUAGUUGAUCGAAAAGGAAAGCCAGUGUGUACGGAUAUUUGGCCCUCAGAAACAUUAGAGAAAGCGUACUUCACGGCAUUGUUCGUAAUCCAGUUUUUAUUUCCGACAAUUGUUAUGGUCGUGAUCUAUAUCAGAGUGGCAAUGAUUCUCAGGCAGACUCGCUAUAAUUUGAGGCAACUUGGGUUAUUGAAUAACACGAAAAGACAUGGGAGGGUAAGUGGAUGUUCUUAAAUUUGAUUGAAGUACGAGUAAGAAUCUAGGAUUGUGCUAUAAUCCUGCACAACCACUAUAUGAAAACAGUAAACAAAUAUAUUGCCUAGUUCCUCACAAUCUCGUACAGAGUAUAUAUGCCCGUUCGCAGGUUAGGUCAUACGCAGCCAGUGUACGCAGCACCAGGGCAGCACCUAACCUGCGAAUGGCCAUUCCUGAGCCUUUUCGCUUCCGCUUCAGUAAAAAGAUGCGUACAAAGCCAGUGAGAGAUAGUGGAAGUCAAAUUAUUGGUAAAAGUAAACUACAGUAAAGCCUGGUUCAUACUAUCAAAGUUUCUGUGAUCACAGUAGGAAUUUUGCAUAGGCAAUUCCUAAGUUUUGAAGGAUUUGUAAAAAAUGUUUGAGGGAACUCAGUGUUAAGCAGUGAGUCAGUUUCCUCAAACAUUUCUUUCAAAUCCUUCAAAACUUAUUAUUUACCUAUGCAAAAUUCCUACUGUGAUCACAGAAACUUUGAUAGUGUAAACCAGCCAUAAAUACAUGUGUUUUUAUUCUUUUCUAUAGACGAUACGAAUGAUCUGUAUCAUUGUGAUAGUUUACAUCACCCUAACCCUGCCCUAUCACAUCACCUGGCAAAUGAGUACAUAUGGCAUCAAGAAUUCUCUAGCAAAGAAAUUCUCCGUGCUGUUCCUGACCGCAACCAGUGCAUCUCACCCCAUCAUCUACGGCGCACUGCAUCAAGAGUUCGCUCAAGGAUUUAAAGCUUUUCUUCGAUGCUCAACGAAAGCAAGAAAGGAUUUCGUAAGGAAGAGUUUUCGGAGAUUGUCAUUGGAUCGGAAUGGGUCUUGUCAAGAAAGACGUGUGUCCUUUCCUCCUUUAAGCUUCGUGAAUCCUCGGAGAAUAUCAUGGGAUCGCCGUGGGUUUUUACAUAGUUUCAGUUUUAUGAGUUGUCGAAAAAAGAUAUGUGAUCGGCGUGUAAUGUCCCAAGGAAGAUCAGGAUCUCUGCCUACUUCAAGUAUUCGACUAGCUACUGAAAACUCUUCCUCGACAGAAAUUGUACGAAAGAUUUCAGUUGUAUAACUUAAUUCAGGGUCACAGCAGACACAAGGAAAGGCUCAAAUCUGUUAAUCCAGCGGGUUGUAUACAGCUAUUUCAAUUAAGGUUGUCCCCGAGCAAAGCGGAAAAGUCGAAUAGGAGCGCGAAAAGCUUGCUGGGAAUCGCUAAAAAAUUCAUUAAUUUUUUAGCGAUUCCCAGCAAGCUUUCGCCUCGUAUUCGACUUUUCCGCUUUGCUCGGCGACAACCUUAAUUGAAAUAGCUGUAUAUAUCUAGAGCAAGAAUUUCAGACGGAAUUGACGCCCAAUAUAAGAUCGUUAACAGUUUUAAUACCAUUUUCUCCAUCUAUAUGUAUAUAAAUUCAUUAAAUUAUUGAUUUCAUUGUAAAUAACUGAUGUGAUAUAUAAAUAUACUAAAUUAAGACAAUGCUUGAGAAGACGUUAAACUUAUAUAAAUAGGACAAGCAGAAUGGGGCAAUCCUCCCUGAUAGAGCUUUCUAUACUACAGUAUAAAUACAUGCAGUUAGAUUAGUGUUAGUUUAGUUUAAAAUGUGCUCUAUAUGUGAGCAGGGAACUUUACUUCACAACUUCGGUCGAAAUAUAUGGGAAAACAAAUGGUAUGGCAUAUACUUCUCCCUGCGCGUUUGCUCGUACAAUCAUAAUUACAUUAACGGGCCCUAUAAGGCAUUUGUGAGAUAUAUUUGAACUAUAAAAUAUGUAAGAGUUUUUCGGUUCUACCGAACAUCAAAAGUUUUCUCUGGGGUUCGUCACGCAAAUUCCCAAUCCAAAAUGAAGAGAAAUGCUACUUUCGUUGUAUACGAUAAUCUUGUACUUCUGUCGGAACUCUCAACUUAAGUAUAUACACUUCAAAUUGCAAUUUCCACGUAUAUUGAUCGUGUAACACGAAGGCCUUUUCAACAGUUUCCUUUCUCAUGGAAACGUAUGUAUAAAAUUUAAAUAAUUAAGCAUGUUUAAUGAACCAAACCCAUCAAACUAAACUAUUAUUGAUACUGGAUAGCUCUAUCAGUUCAAAACUCUUCUGUCUAGAGCUCCGGGUCCAUCCCUUAUUGCUUCAUUAUUACUACACGAGGAAACUGGAGUACGUGGGGAAAGCUGCAAGGGUGCUUGGAAUAAAACAAAUCGCAGAAUGAGUCUUCUGCCUGUAUUCUAAAAGCUCACUCACACUCAAAGAGUGGAGGUUCAAUCUGAGCUUCUCUUGAGUGUCAGUGCUGUUUUUGAAUAGUUGGAGGGUUAGUAUCGUAACUUACUAUGUGACUUACUCACCCUCCAGCUAUUCAAAAACAGCGUCGAUACUCAGGGGAAGCUCAGAUUCAACCUUCACUCUUUGAGUGGGAGUGAUCUUUCAGAAUACAGGCGUUUUUCUUAAAUUUUUCAUUCCAGAGUUAAUGAAUGAAUACUGACUAUACUGUUGCAUUUAACCUGCCAUGAACUAUGGUGUCCCCUCCAGGGGGGAGGCACUGAUUUUCACUGCAUACCCCUCCUGAAACCGGGGAUAGGCUAUCAAGUCAAACGAAAGGUGACGGGGUAGCAAUCCCCAUUGCGGUCAGCGAACGUCUUCGUCGGAGCACUUAUCUAAUAUAAUUUCCCUACGUUCUAAUCCCACAAUCAUUAAAUUUGUCAAUAAAUUUAAAAAUAUUUCGUGAUUCCCCACAAUAAUACAACCGGAUAUUGAAUAUUGCUAUAUGUCCUGGAUUUUAUUGUUACAUGUCAAGUGUCACUGAAGACCUUUCAUUGAUGUAAUAUUUCAUUCACAGUCCACUCCUAGUUAUCAUUCAAUAACUAUAAGCCGCCGUCUUAUCAAUCUUCCAUUGCCGUGACUGUCAAAAUUUCACGUCACUUGUAAGCACUCUUAUCAUUAUUGAUUAGUUUUACUGUCAUCAUAAAGCAAAUUGCCGUUUUAUUGUACGCCAGUUUGGUACGUAGAUUUUGUUGGGUAAGAACCAUUUCUGUAGUAAAGUGGACUAAAACUAGGAGACGGAAAGGUAAGUCAUGGUUUAAUAAUUUUUUUCAUAGUAAUAUCACUUCUAGUUGAGUAUAAAUAUUGAGCAAAAUUAUUGCUACAAAAUAAACUAUAGUAAAAUACAUAGAGUAAAUUAAGUUAUCAUAACUUAUUUUAACAAAAAUUGACUUUGUAAUAAAGUACCAUAAUCAAUACAUAAAUAUAGGAAAUUAAAGAUAGCUGGUCAAAUACGUUCAAAAUUUAUAUCUAGAACCUUGCAAGUACAUAUAUUUGUACAAGAGUUGAGGAAAAUGUCUAACUGAAAUUUAGGAUAAAAUUAUUUUUAUAUGAAUUUUCAUUUUGUUUUAUAAUUUUAGAUAUAAUCUGUUCCCACGAUGCUGCGCGCAUUGUUGGCCUUACUGUAUGUGUUAUCUUGUGUCUAUGGCUGGCAUAGCCCUCAAAGUAAGUCAAAAUAAUAUUUAUGCCAUCAUCUUUUCUCAUAUGCCCAGUUACCACAGUUCUGACAAUGUCAGCAUAGAAUGAGAUAAAGGUAACCAAAUUUACAUGCGAGUUAGUGAUUUUUAAUUCAGUUGAGUAGAAUUUGAACUCUUUGGCAUAAAUGGCAGUCCCUCUGACAGUGAAACUAACUACACUGAAUAUUUUCAUAUCUUUUUCACUAGCUUACCCUCCCUAUGACCCAAAGGAAGCAAGGAUGGUGAGAUGUCCAAAAUAUAACCUUGCAAAACUUGGCUGUCACAAUGCACGUGACCCUAGCAAACCCCAUCUACCCCGAGCUGUUCCUGACUUGAUGCUAACAGCAGACUCCAGUAAUUAUAAAUACGUUGGAUAUAAGAGAUCAGCGUUUCCUACAUAUCAGGAUUUCUUAUCAAGGUAUAAUAUUGCCCACUUAUGAUAGAGCUUGCUUUCCAUUCGCUCCUGACGCUCGCGAGGAUUUCAAGACAAUGUGAAAAAGUGCAAAUAUCAAAACACGAAAUUAUGGCACACUGCUUGUUGGUCGCCAGAUAUUUUCUGGCGAGGGUUUUUGAUUAGGGAGGACACGAGCAUUUAACGAGCUUUUUAUUGUUUUAUAGAUUCAUUUGCGACUGUGCAGAAAAAGUCCAAGGCAAAGGCUACACACAUUUCAGUAUUUCAAACUUUUUCGAGUGCUGGAGUGGCAAGAACGUCGCAAAUACUUAUGACAUGUACACAAUUGCUGAUGGCUGUGUCCGUGGGGACAAGAUCCAUUGUGAUACCAACAAUCGGGGGCCAUGUGCAGGGGCAGGAGGGUUACAUUUUGUAUACGCCUUAAAAUCACCCAAUCCCACCGGCAUAACAACCACCGCAUCGACGCCAAGUAUUAGUACCCAGUCCACUACACUCGCGCCUUCCUCUGGUCUCUCUGUGACAUGCGGCUAUGUUACAUAUAAACUACGGAAAUUGGGAUGCUGGAAUGAAAGAGAUUACUCCAAGGCGUUUCCUGAGCUCUUGUUAACCGCUACUGAUUAUUAUAAUCAACGAUUAUACGCUGGAUAUUAUCUAGAUAUCUCGAACUAUGAAACAUUCUUACAAAGGUUGGUUUUGAAUAUUACUUACCACUAAAUAGUUUACUCCAUUCAUUUUUAACCGCUGAAGAAGAUACUCGGAGUUGAUAAUUGGGCCCAGUGCCAGUCUCUAAAUAACACGCCUAAAUAAUGAAAUCACUUAAAUACAAGACUAGUAGCUAGCCAUUUAAAGACAGACGGAAAGCUAGCUUUUAAUAGCGACUCUUCAAAAUCACGAAUUUUACUAUGAAUGAAUUAUGUGUUGUUUUGGGCCUUGGAUACACGCGCUGUUGGAAGUACCUGAGACUAAGUUAACUUAUAUGACAUGAUAUGAUACGUUUCUUCAUCUUUCAUAGAUUCGUCUGUAACUGCGCAUCAUCAGCCUCGAAAAAAGGCUAUUCAGUUUUUGGCAUACGUUCAUACGGACAAUGCUGGAGUGGAUCUAAUGUCGCAUGCACGUAUCAAAAAUAUGGCAGAGCUAACAAUUGUAUUAACCAAAAGAAAUGGCAAUGUUCUGACAGUAGUUCAAUGCUUUGUGCUUCACCUUACAGUAAAUCUGUGUACGCCUUUGUUCUGAGUGAUUCUAAAGACGGCGCUACAUGUGGUACAAAACCCCCUACCAAACCGCAGGCAACUCCAAGGGUCACACCUAGGCCUAAAACAACCCCAAAAGUAGUCACAAAUCCUAAGACAACAUCUGUACCGAAAGGGAAGCCGCAGGUGACAUGCGGGAAUGUUAGAUACAAACUGGUGAAGUUGGGAUGUUGGAGGGAAUGGGGGGAUGCCAGACCUCCAAGAGCCAUGCCAGAGUUGAUCCUGACAGCAAGAGAUAAGAAAAGUAAAGUAUAUGCAGGAUAUGAAUUCAAUAGACAUAACUACGCUCCUUUCUUGGAGAGGUAAGUCUGAAGUGAAAAUACGUAUAUAAUAUUGAAAUCUGUGCAGUUCAAAGAUCGAUUAGCAUUAUACACUGGUUAGGACAUGUGUCUUUCAUAACAGGGUUUCAUUUCCUGUUUCCAAUUUGUUUCAACCAAACAUAACAGGUUUUCUUCAGUUGUAUUAUAACAGCAGACUAAUAAGAGAUUACUGUUGCUGGACCUUUAGAAAGAACUGUAGCAGAAAUGACAGAGCAUUUCAGUGUAACAUAGUUAGUUUACUUUAGGUUUUCUCCCGUGGUAUCAAUAAAGGAUGGGUGUUACCGAAUCACUAGCAAAAAGAACAGAUUAGACAAAACUGAUCACCAGUACAAAUAGAAUAUAAAAUCAUCUUCUCCUAUAGGUUUGUCUGUGACUGUAUUAGCAAAAUAAAGAAAAAAGGUUACUCAAUAUUUGGACUGCAGUUGUACGGGCAAUGUUGGAGUGGACCUCAAGCUGGUUGUUCUUAUCAGAAGUUUGGUAAAACGAACAGAUGUGUGAACGAAAAUAUGCUGCAAUGUUCUGACGACAGUACCAUGUUAUGCUCGGGUGACACUAACGGAAAUACGUAUGUUUAUGUCCCUGAUGGUACCCCUGUUACAUGUCCUACCAAUAUCCCUACCAAACCUCAAACAACCCCUCAGAUCUUCACUACCCCACAAACCACACCCAGAGUCACAAUUCCCAAAGGCCCUCCCGUAGUAAGAUGUGACAAUGUUGAGUAUAAGCUAACCAAGCUGGGAUGCUGGAAUGAACAAAUCAGUCCUCCGAGAGCGAUGGAUGAAUUAUUACUGACAUCCAGGGAUAAGAGGAGUCAUGUCUAUGUGGGAUAUGAAUUCGACACACACAACUACGCAGCGUUUUUGAAAAGGUUCGUUCUAUAUUUCUUCAAAAAUUAACAUUACGUACGUUUUGCACGGAGUACAGCAUCGUACGCACUCCCAAAAAAGGUUUUGGUGGCAAAGUCGUUAAUUGCAUGUGCCUUUCAUCUCCGUAAAAUAUCGCAAUAUUUAUCCGAUUUCCUCCAGGAUCAAUAAAGGUUGGUCCUCACUAGACAUCUAGGAAGAGCAGUUAUUUAUAAAAUUAUUAUUCAAAAUACAACAAGCGACUUCUUCAGCACCGCAGAUACAAAAAAUUUCAUUAUCAUAAUAUACAAUGCCAAUUUCAAAGUUUAGUUUAAAAUGAAGUACAAACAAGUUCAAUAUCUAAUUUUAGUUUGAAUACAUCUCGUUCUUUCUAGAUUUGUGUGUGACUGUAUUAAAAAGAUGAACCAGAAAGGUUAUUCAGUUUUUGGUCUUCAGUUUUACGGUGAAUGUUGGAGCGAUCCUAGAGCUGGCUGUAAUUACAAUAAAUUUGGGAAAGCAAACGGAUGUGUGAACGAAAACCACGGGAGAUGUUCAGAUGACACCACAAUGCUUUGUUCUGGAGACAAUGCCAAACAUUCAUAUGUCUAUGUUCCUGCUAAUAGCCAUGUACCGUUAUGUCCUACUACUAUCCCUACCAAACCUCAAACAACCCCUCAGAUCUUCACUACCCCACAAACCACGCCCAGAGUCACAAUUCCCAAAGGUCCUCCCGUAGUAAGAUGUGACAAUGUUGAGUAUAAGCUAACCAAGCUGGGAUGCUGGAAUGAACAAAUCAGUCCUCCGAGAGCGAUGGAUGAAUUAUUACUGACAUCCAGGGAUAAGAGGAGUCAUGUUUAUGUGGGAUAUGACUUCGACACACACAAUUAUGCAGCGUUUUUGAAAAGGUUCGUAAUGUACUUCUACAAAAAUCAUGUACGUUGUUAUCAAAAUAUUAUAGAGGUUUAGAUUUGACUUCUACUACCACUGCCUCUGGCUUGGUAAACAUCUGAUUGGUUAAUCGAAUAUAUCAAACGCAUCUGAUUGGUUGAUGGUCCCUUAAUGGUAACGGUAGUGACGUCAAAUCUGAACCUCUAUAUUGAAUAAAUUAGUACUGACUUGCAAGUGUUGGUUGGCUCGCACCGUAUACUGUCACUGAUCAUUUAUGAUUAGAAUAAUUUCCGCAAGAGUGCUUUCUGGUUGAUUCCACCAAGCAUGCCUUCAGGAAAUCUGGUUCUUCCUGUCCUUACUGGACUGCUAGAAAGAAUAGUUUAGAACCUAUUUCCAGCAUAAACAUGUUACGUUUAAGUUUUCUCUUGUUCUAACAUUGAACCAUAAAAGGUUUCUUUUGAACCUCCAACAAGAACAAUUCAGAACUGAUAGAACUAUCCAGUAUAAAUAAAAGUUAAACGUGCAUCUUAUAUCUCGUUGUUUCUAGAUUUGUGUGUGACUGUAUUAAAAAGAUGAACCAAAAAGGUUAUUCAGUUUUUGGUCUUCAGUUUUACGGUGAAUGUUGGAGCGAUCCUAGAGCUGGCUGUAAUUACAAGAAAUUUGGAAAAGCAAACGGAUGUGCGAAUGAAAACCACGGGAGAUGUUCAGAUGACACCACAAUGCUUUGUUCCGGAGACAAUGCCAAACAUUCAUAUGUCUAUGUUCCUGCUAAUAGUCAUGUACCGUUAUGUCCUACUACUAUCCCCACACAACCAACAACAAUCCCAAAAAUCCCUACUUUCCCUAAAACAACGCCAACCCCAUUAGGUCCACCAAGAAUCAAAUGCGGAAAUAUCGAAUACCAGCUGACAAAACUGGGAUGUUGGAAAGAGUUUGGUCAUGUGAGACCACCUCGAGUAUUACCAGAACUACUGUUGACUGCAAAAGAUACGAAAAGCAGCGUGUAUGCGGGGUAUAAAUUUUAUAAACAAAAAUAUGGAGACUUUAUACACAAGUAAGUAGCUCGGAACUUUGAAGAUUCUCCGAAGUAAUAAAAUUUCAAUAAUGCUUAGUUAGAUGUAGCAAGAAAACAGACACACAACUAGUUUAAUAAUUCUUGAUUGUCCUUAAACAGAAGACCAGUCAUCGUACUUGGAGUUUACAAUCUAAUGUUUUCAACUCCGUUUCUUUAGAUUUACGUGUGACUGUGUAAGGAAAGUAAAAGAAAAAGGUUACUCAGUAUUUGGUUUACAGUUCUAUGGCGAAUGCUGGAGCGGUCCUAGGGCUGCAUGUACUUACAAAACCUUUGGGAAAUCUUACAAAUGUCUUAAUGAAAAACUUGGACAAUGCUGGGAUAAGAGUUCGCGGUUAUGUUCAGGACAAAAUACUGAGGAUAUUUAUGUAUAUAUCCCCACUGAUACACCUGGUGGCCUUACGUGUCCUGCCACGAUCCCUACCACUCCUACCAAAAAGAUCACUACCCCUAAAACAACACCAAAGGCUCCCACUACCCCUAAAACAACAACAAUCCCCGUAGGUCCACCAAGAAUCAAAUGUGGAAAUAUCGAAUACCAGCUGACAAAACUGGGAUGUUGGAAAGAGUAUGGUCAUGUGAGACCACCUCGAGUAUUACCAGAACUACUGUUGACUGCAAAAGAUACGAAAAGCAGCGUGUAUGCGGGAUAUAAAUUUUAUAAACAAAAAUAUGGAGACUUUAUACACAAGUAAGUAGGCUGGAACUUUGAAGAUCGUUUCCUCACAUUCUCCGAAGUAGUAAAAUCUCAAAACUGCUUAGUUAGAUGUAGGGAGAAAAUGGACACCAUCAUGAAGGUAGGAGCGAACGGUAGAGUAGUGUAGUGUAAAAAAUGACAUUCUUUUUGUUUGAAAGUAAGCAGUACUUUCUCACCUCAAUGCAAAGAAGAGAAGAAGAGAACAACUCUGAGCAGUACAGUCCUAAAGCAUCAUUUUAGUUAUAUAUUUGAAAGACAUCGUUUUUGGCUCAGUCUCCCACAAAAACAAGUCUCCGCAUGUCAUAGACCAGAAGUCAAAAUAUGGACACACAAAUAGUUUAAUAAUGUUUCCUUGUGCUUAAACAAAGACCAUGUAGUAAUCCUUCUUGAAGUUUACAAUCUAAUGCUUUCAACUCCGUUUCUUUAGGUUUACGUGUGACUGUGUAAGGAAAGUAAAAGAAAAAGGUUACUCAGUAUUUGGUUUACAGUUCUAUGGCGAAUGCUGGAGCGGUCCUAGGGCUGCAUGUACUUACAAAACCUUUGGGAAAUCUUACAAAUGUCUUAAUGAAAAAGUUGGACAAUGCUGGGAUAAGAGUUCGCGGUUAUGUUCAGGACAAAAUACGGAGGAUAUUUAUGUAUAUAUACCCGCUGAUACACCUGGUGGCCUUACGUGUCCUGCUACGAUCCCUACGACUCCUACCAAAAAGAUCACCACCCCUAAAACAACACCAAAGGCUCCCACUACCCCUAAAACAACAACAAUCCCCGUAGGUCCACCAAGAAUCAAAUGUGGAAAUAUCGAAUACCAGCUGACAAAACUGGGAUGUUGGAAAGAGUUUGGUCAUGUGAGACCACCUCGAGUAUUACCAGAACUACUGUUGACUGCAAAAGAUACGAAAAGCAGCGUGUAUGCGGGGUAUAAAUUUUAUAAACAAAAAUAUGGAGACUUUAUACACAAGUAAGUAGCUCGGAACUUUGAAGAUUCUCCGAAGUAAUAAAAUUUCAAUAAUGCUUAGUUAGAUGUAGCAAGAAAACAGACACACAACUAGUUUAAUAAUUCUUGAUUGUCCUUAAACAGAAGACCAGUCAUCGUACUUGGAGUUUACAAUCUAAUGUUUUCAACUCCGUUUCUUUAGAUUUACGUGUGACUGUGUAAGGAAAGUAAAAGAAAAAGGUUACUCAGUAUUUGGUUUACAGUUCUAUGGCGAAUGCUGGAGCGGUCCUAGAGCUGCAUGUACUUACAAAACCUUUGGGAAAUCUUACAAAUGUCUUAAUGAAAAAGUUGGACAAUGCUGGGAUAAGAGUUCGCGGUUAUGUUCAGGACAAAAUACUGAGGAUAUUUAUGUAUAUACCCCCACUGAUACACCUGGUGGCCUUACGUGUCCUGCCACGAUCCCUACCACUCCUACCAAAAAGAUUACUACCCCUAAAACAACACCAAAGGCUCCCACUACCCCUAAAACAACAACAAUCCCCGUAGGUCCACCAAGAAUCAAAUGUGGAAAUAUCGAAUACCAGCUGACAAAACUGGGAUGUUGGAAAGAGUUUGGUCAUGUGAGACCACCUCGAGUAUUACCAGAACUACUGUUGACUGCAAAAGAUACGAAAAGCAGCGUGUAUGCGGGGUAUAAAUUUUAUAAACAAAAAUAUGGAGACUUUAUACACAAGUAAGUAGCUCGGAACUUUGAAGAUUCUCCGAAGUAAUAAAAUCUCAAAAAUGCUUAGUUAGAUGCAGGGAGAAAACAGACACACAACUAGUUUAAUAAUUCUUGAUUGUACUCAAACAGAAGAGUAGUAAUCGUACUUGGAGUUUAAAAUCUAAUGUUUUCAACUCCGUUUCUUUAGAUUUACGUGUGACUGUGUAAGGAAAGUAAAAGAAAAAGGUUACUCAGUAUUUGGUUUACAGUUCUAUGGCGAAUGCUGGAGCGGUCCUAGAGCUGCAUGUACUUACAAAACCUUUGGGAAAUCUUACAAAUGUCUUAAUGAAAAAGUUGGACAAUGCUGGGAUAAGAGUUCGCGGUUAUGUUCAGGACAAAAUACGGAGGAUAUUUAUGUAUAUAUACCCACUGAUACACCUGGUGGCCUUACGUGUCCUACUACGAUCCCUACCACUCCUACCAAAAAGAUCACUACCCUUAAAACAACACCAAAGGCUCCCACUACCCCUAAAACAACAACAAUCCCCGUAGGUCCACCAAGAAUCAAAUGCGGAAAUAUCGAAUACCAGCUGACAAAACUGGGAUGUUGGAAAGAGUAUGGUCAUGUGAGACCACCUCGAGUAUUACCAGAACUACUGUUGACUGCAAAAGAUACGAAAAGCAGCGUGUAUGUGGGAUAUAAAUUUUAUAAACAAAAAUAUGGAGACUUCAUACACAAGUAAGUAGGCUGGAACUUUGAAGAUUCUCCGAAGUAAUACAAUCUCAAUACUGCUUAGUUAGAUGUAGGGAGAAAACAGACACACAACUAGUUUAAUAAUUUUUAUUGUACUUAAACAGAAGAGUCGUAAUCCUUCUUGAAGUUUACAAUCUAAUGCUUUCAACUCCGUUUCUUUAGGUUUACGUGCGACUGUGUAAGGAAAGUAAAAGAAAAAGGUUACUCAGUAUUUGGUUUACAGUUCUAUGGCGAAUGCUGGAGCGGUCCUAGAGCUGCAUGUACUUACAAAAUCUUUGGGAAAUCUUACAAAUGUCUUAAUGAAAAACUUGGACAAUGCCGGGAUAAGAGUUCGCGGUUAUGUUCGGGACAAAAUACUGAGGAUAUUUAUGUAUAUAUCCCUGCUGAUACACCUGGUGGCCUUACGUGUCCUGCCACGAUCCCUACGACACCUCCUAAGAUCACGACACCUACUCCUACAAAAAAGAUCACGACUCCAACAAUACCAACAGGGCCACCAAAAAUCAAAUGUGGAAAUGUUGAGUACAAACUGACCAAGCUAGGAUGUUGGAAAGACUUAGGACAUAUAACGCCACCUAGGGCAAUGCCUGAGUUACUGUUGACUGCUAGAGAUAAAUGGAGCAAUGUCUAUGUCGGUUAUGAUUAUCACAAAAUGGGCUACGACGUAUUUAUUAAUAGGUAAAGACUAUAAUUUUUGACAUGUUAUUAUUUUAGCUGAAUAGAUAUAGAGAGAGAGAAUAUUAAUUCCAUUUGGUCACUGCUCACACGUGCAUUUCAAGGUGGCCGAUGUUGCGCGGUAUCAAUAUAUCUUGGCAAUAAGGAUAAUUUGCCUACAGCACACAGAAGCAAAAUACAUACAGACUGCGUCACUUUGGUGGUAUGAGAUAGUGAAUAAAAACACAAUCCUGUAGUACUCAAUGGAGUAUCAUGAGGAUCUAUUUCGGGUCCGCUAGUAUCCUGAAGUUCAAAAGGCGCCCAAAAAAUUACGUUCUAACAUUACACAAUAUAUUAAACCUAGCUAGUUAGUUUCGCAUUUUAUUUUCAAUCACAGUUUCAAUAUAUUUUUCCAGGUUUAUGUGUGACUGUGUUAAGAAGGUGAACAAGAAAGGUUACUCAGUAUUUGGACUGCAGUUUUACGGGGAAUGUUGGAGCGGCCCGCGAGUUGGCUGUAAUUAUAAGAAAUUUGGUCAAGCAAAUGAAUGUGUAAAUGAAAAGCUGAAGAUCUGCUCUCACAGCACGUCCCACUUGUGUGCCGGUCACAGUAGUCAAGAGACGUACGUCUAUGUACCUACUUAUCCACCUCCUGCAGAGCUAUGUCCCUCAACACCACCUACAUCCAUCACUACUGUUCCAACACCCACACCCACAGGACCCCCAAGCUUAAAAUGUGGCAACGUUGAGUACAAACUGAGAAAGUUGGGAUGUUGGUCUGAACGAAGUGACAGCGGUAUGCCCAGAGCAAUUCCAGAGUUAAUGCUCACCGCAAGAGACCGGACAAGUAAUGUUUAUGCUGGGUAUCAGAUCAAUAGGUCUAAUUAUGCUCAAUUCAUUAAAAAGUACGUAAAAUGGUUUGUACUUGCAGUAACUUUCAAACACAAUACGAUUAACAUUAUUAUUAUUGACUUUAACAUUAUUAUUAUUAUUAUUAUUAUUCUUACGUGUGAUUCCAAUAGAACCAAAAUUUUUUAUCCAAAAGUAAAAGUAAGGCCUGUUUCAAACGCCGUGCUUCUCAUGUGCCGAACGCAUUAAAAACAAUAGAUAAUCAGCUGAAAUGCCUCAUGGCCUAAAUGAUCUGAAUAGAUAUUUCGUAAAAACAAUUAAUCCACUAACAUUUUUAGCCUAUGUUUUGUAUUAUCACGUCAAAUAAAAGGCAUGUGAAAUAACUGUGGGAUAGUAAAAUGAUUCUUCUCUUCAUCUAGAUUUAUUUGCGAUUGUAUUACUAAAGUGAACACCAACGGUUACUCCAUAUUUGGUCUUAAGUUUUAUGGCGAAUGUUGGAGUGGAAAAAUGGGCGAGUGUACAUACGAGAGAUAUGGCCAAUCAAAUCGCUGUAUGAACGAAAGAAAGGGCGCAUGCUCAAAGGGAAGCUCUAUGCUGUGUUCAGGUGACAGUCCACGCAAUGCUUACGUAUAUGUACGUGCAGAUGUUGCGCUUCCUACAUGUCCACCAACAUCCACAGUUACCACCCGUUCAACACCCCCUACUCCUGCAACGUCACUAACAGUGUCCCCUACUACCCCUAUCAGUCCCACUCGAACCAUGCCAGUGACGACACCAGUGACGUCAUCAGUACCGACACCAAUGACUCCAAUUGAUUUUGGUAAGUACUUCAUAUGAACUAUUGUUUUUCUGAACUGUACUAAACCAGCUCCAUGAACAAGAAUAAUUUUGAGAAAUUUCAUUACGUUACGAGUUGACUAUCACAAUUGCCUAUUUACUGAAAUCAACGAUAAACCUAACGGUUGUAGGUUAUAAUCGUGAUUGCCAACAGAACACAAAUGACCUUGUGCAAGUCACACAAAAUGCACAGAAGAAAGACGAAGUGUCGGAUACCAUUGCAUUCACAUGAACUUAAUCAGAAGACAAAACGUGUACCGUAUCACAGGCUUUGCGAUUUGCACUUCUUGUGACCAAUUCUAACAUUAAAUUCUAUUUCUUUCAGAUUGUAAAAAAGCUCUGGACAUUGUAAUUACCAUCGAUGCCUCGGGUAGUGUGAUGUCAGCACCCUACCUAAGAAUUAGAUCUUUCGUCAAUAGUCUAACACAACGCUUCACAAGUUUCACGCCGACAUACUUCGGAUUAUUGCAUUACAACUACAAAGUCAUAACUAGCGCCAGACUCACAGAACAGAUCCCAAACUCGCAAUCAUUGCGUAAUCGUAUUCGUGAUAUGGGGUACCUAGGUCAGGCAACGCUGACGCAAUCUGCUCUGACGUCAGCAAAGGCAUUGUUUGACAACGGUGCGAGAAAUGACCCGGAUGUUCAGAAGGUACUCAUCUUGUUCACGGAUGGUAGGACAUAUGGUGGGAAACAGACUUUGAGAGAGCCUUUGAAGAAAUUACGUCAGGUGAGUGUGUGCCUGUAAUUGCUUUACAAACUCGUGUCGAAGGGCGAGAAUUUGUAUAUCUGACACAACACGGACGCUCAUGUUGUCGGAAUGUCUUGUGAAACGUCUUGAUGAGAACAUUCGUAUUUUUCAACAAUUUAAAAUAAAUGAAUAAUAUUUGGUGAGAAAAUUGAGCUUAAAGUUUAUGUAAAUCAUGAUUUUGUAUCAGAUAUACUAACUAUUUCACAGUCAUGAACUCAUGAUUUCGUCACGAAUUAUUAAUGAGUUUGAUAUUCCGAGGUUUCCAUCAUAAUAUCAGCAUGUUCAUAAAAGGAUAUUUUAUAAAAUACAAAUCUUAUUUACUCUUUCAAUUUUUCUUCCACAGAGUGGUGUACGUGUCACAGCAGUAGCAGUUGGGAGUGAAAACUACCUAGACCUUUAUUCAUUAUUAUUGAUCGCAGAAAACCGAUCAAACCUGAUCAUUAUACCAUCACUGGAUGAUCUGAGGCAAGUCAAGAGAUACAUUGAUAAAGUUGUAUACAUGGUGUGUCCAAAAUAAUGCGACCAACAAAACGAACAAAAUGAUUGGAAGGCAUAGUGUCAUGGCUGUGCUGACCAGCUCAAAGUUGAAAAAGUAUAAAUUAAAUAAUCUCAGUGUCAAUGUAGGUAGAGACGAUGACAAACAGCUGAGGUUGUGAAGGAUAUACUACUACAGAAUAGAGACUAUACAGAAGCCCGACUUCUUGGUUUUCCCUAUGAUUUUGGCGUAACCGUAAUUCGUCAUCAAAAUGCUGACGCCAUGGUCGUAGCUAGUGCGCUUAUAAGAGGCAUUCACCCCACAAAAUAGAUAGAUAGAUAGAUCAACUUUAUUUAAACACAUUGGCCUUUUCAGCAAAAGCUGAUUUCCAAAAGGGAUGUGUACUUACAAAUUAUUAUUUAUAUACUAGCUCUAAUAUUACAUACAUAACAAAUACAAUUAUAUACCUAUUUAGACAAAAAAUUAACUACUACUUUAAGUCGAGAUUAAGGUCGAGGAAGAUAGCUUUUUACAGAACGAAUUAUACGAUACCGAAUUGCGUAUCUCUUCAGGUAUCUGAUUCCAUAGUUUAGCCCCACUAUAUUGGAAGCUUUUUUUUGGGCGACCAUGGCGUCAGCAUUUUGAUGACGAAUCAUGGCGUGGCAGCGCUUACGCUUUUAUGUUAUCGCCUUUCACCUAAUAAUUUGAAAGAAUAGUCUUCUAGUUUGACUCAUGUGAGACUAACCGACUAUUAAAUUUUGACCGCUCAUAGUACAGCACUGGCUUCUGCAUUGAAACCCUGGUACACGAUCUGCUUUUUUGUUUCCACAUGUUCAAAGUAGAACUCAUUCAGAAUGUUUAUUUAAAAUUACGAUAGGAAAAUAUUAUUUGUGACGCGUAUUAGGAAGUGUCAGAUUAAAUAGGAUAAAAUUAAAGUGU